AUGGCGGACGGGGACAGCGGCAGCGAGCGCGGAGGGAGCGGGAGCGGCAGCGGGGGGGGAGGAGGAGGAGGAGGAGGAGGAGGAUUCGCGGCACCGCGGGGCGGCGGAGGAGGAGGAGGAGGAGGAGGCGGCGGAGGAACCGGAGCCGGGGCCGGACCCGAGCAGGAGACGCAGGAGCUGGCCUCCAAGCGGGUGGACAUCCAGAAAAAGCGAUUUUAUCUGGACGUGAAGCAGAGCUCCCGGGGCCGCUUCCUGAAGAUCGCAGAGGUGGGCGCCGGGGGCUCCAAGAGCCGCCUGACGCUGUCCAUGUCCGUGGCCGUGGAGUUCCGCGACUACCUGGGCGACUUCAUCGAGCACUACGCGCAGCUGGGCCCGUCCAGCCCCGAGCAGCUGGCGCAGGCCGCGGGGCCGGGAGGAGACGAGGGCGGCUCGGGGCCGCGCCGGGCUCUGAAGAGCGAGUUCCUGGUGCGGGAGAACCGCAAGUAUUACCUGGACCUCAAGGAGAACCAGCGCGGCCGCUUCCUGCGCAUCCGCCAGACCGUCAACCGCGGCCCCGGCGGCCCCGGGGGGUUUCCCGGCGGCCCCCCCGGGCUGCAGAGCGGGCAGACCAUCGCGCUGCCGGCGCAAGGCCUGAUCGAGUUCCGCGACGCGCUGGCCAAGCUCAUCGACGACUACGGCGGGGACGAGGACGAGCUGGGCGGCCCCGGCGGCGGCGGCCCGGGCGGGGGGGGGCUCUACGGGGAGCUGCCCGAGGGCACCUCCUUGACUGUGGACAACAAGCGCUUCUUCUUCGACGUGGGCUCCAACAAGUACGGCGUGUUCCUGCGGGUCAGCGAGGUGAAGCCGUCCUACCGCAACGCCAUCACCGUCCCGUACAAAGCCUGGGCCAAGUUCGGCGGCGCCUUCUGCCGUUACGCCGACGAGAUGCGCGACAUCCAGGAGAGCCAGCGGGACAAGCUGUACGACCGGCGUGCGGGGCCCACCGGGCCGGGCAGCGGCAGCGGCGCCGGAGACGACUCGGACGGCGACGACGUGGACGACGACUGAGCCCCCAACCCUAAAUCCGACCCCCCCCCACCACCAGCACCGCCACCUCCACCCGGCAGCGCCCGCCGGCCCGACCCCCCCGAUGCCGGACCCUCCUUCCCCUCCUCAACACCGGGACAAGGGCCCCGCAGCUCAGCUCAGCUCACACAGGAGCGCCCGGCCCAACACAGCAGCCCCCAGCCCGGUAACACACUCGGACUCGGCUCCUUCGUGGCCCCGUCCUGCUCUGCGCUGUGUCGGCACAGCCCCACCAGCAGCCCCCAGCCCCGCUCCGCCCCACGGGGGGUCCAGCACCUCCGGACCAACGGCCAUUGUCUCUUCUGAUCCCCCGGCGAGAUUUGACCCCCCGGCUCCGUUUGAAUGGAUGCGUAGCUCCACGCUCCUGACCCAGCCCCGCAGCGUGGAGCCGGCAGUGCAGGCAGACAGACAGACAGGCAGCUUCUCCUUUGGCUUCAGGUCUUGUUGGUUUUUUUUUCCUCCUUUUUCCUUUUUUUUGGGGUGUUUUUUUUCCUCCCCCCCCCGUUUCCAUCCCUGGGGGCUCAGAGCGGAGCUGAGCUGCUCAGUGCAGCACAAAGCACACGAGCUCAGGUGCAGGAAAUCCCGCUGCUCUUCCUCCCCUUCCUCCUUCACAUUCUCCAUCCAUGUUCCCUCCAUCCCUGUGGGUCCCGCCGUGUUGUCCCCCUUUAUGGUGGGUUUGGUCGUGGUUACAUUCGGUUUUUAUCUCCCCUUUUCCCCUCUUCAUUUUUGUCUCCUUUUUGACCCCAGCGCUGUUGGGCUCCAUCCAUCGCAGGGCUCCUCCUCUCUUAUUAAAUGGAUUUUCACUCUCAAAUUGUCUUUUUUCGCCCCAUUCCCGGAGCAGUGGCUCAGUCCUGCCCUGCACCGCGGUGUUUUUGGAGCCCAUCAAUGAACUGAGCGGGAGCUCCCACCGUCCAUUCCAAAGCUGGAACCACGUGUCACCUCCCAGGACCAUCAUCAUCAUCAUCACCAUCAUCAUCAUCCUCCAGUUCCAUCAUCAUCCCUCUGGUUCCAUCAUCAUCCUCCGGUUCCACCAUCACCCUCCGGUUCCGUGUCCCAUCACGCUGACCCACCUUCUCAUUUCAGCUGCCUUCUUAAUUUAUUGUUUCCAUCCCUGUUCCCGGCCGCCCCGCUCCGUCUGCUCCCUAUUUAUUGUUGGCUGGGCCCAGCGGGGCCGUCCCGUCAAAGGGAAUUUUUAACCAGGACUCUCUUCCGUUUUGCCUGUUUUUAACUCUCCUCCGUCUCCAAAGGACUCUGUUUCCAAUUCCUCCGUGGAGCAGCCGAUCUCCCCUCCAUGGAGCAGCCCACGUGGCGGUGUUGUGGUGCCGUACCCGUACUGUACCCGUACUGUAAUGGCAGCUGGUUGACGUCCUGCUGUAUCGCCGUGUGGAUCCGCGCCCAGCGGCGCCGCGUCCCUUCGCUUCGGUGCUGAUGGACCUUCCUGUUGUUCAGCCGCUGGGGCGGGCGCUCCCCCUCCUUUUGGAAGAGGGUUAUAUAUAUAUAUAUAUAAAUAUAUAUAUUCUUUUUCGGGUUGGUUUUUUUUUUUUUUUCCUCUCCUUGUUUGAUUUUUUUGGGUUGUUUUUUUUUCCCCCCCCCUGGCUGAACUCUCCUUUCUUACUCUGCCACGUGGAGAAGGAAAGAGGCAACAAACAUCACAUAGGCCAAUAAUAACCCCCCCCAAACAACACUCAGCACAUCCAUCAUACACGGGAUCCCCGCGAUGUAUGUAUGUAUGUACAGGAACCUCCAGCGGACCUUGACGAGAGCAGAGCGCGUCGGGGGCAAGAAAUCACAGCAGCAAAGAGGACAAACACUGCGGCCACGUGGAGGGGCUGAACCAGGCCUGGCUGCUCCCAUAAGGGAGGCUGGGGGUUGUGGUGGGGGUCUGUGGUGCUGGGAGCCUCCUCUCUUCCUGGGGGUGGGCAGAGCCGGGGCCUGGCGUGGCGGCGGUUCCUUCUGUGUCUGUAUACACACAGCCCAGCGCGUGUGUGUGUGUAUAUAUAUAUGAGGUGGUCGUUUUGCUUGGUUGGUUUUUUGUUUUGUUUUUGGUUUCAUUUCCAUGGCUUGGAUUUCUGUAGGAGACGGGCUAAAGGCUUUUAAUCCGGAAGGGGAACGCCGGGUUUGUGGAGCUUCCAGAUUUCUGUCACCCCAGAAGGGACGGUUUGAGAGCGCGACUCUAUCAAAGCAUCUGCUGUACAAACGGGAAUGUAAAUCUUGUAUAGCGCCCCAGACCUCCGUGUAAAUAGAGACGUCCGGGCCGGCCGCCCGCAUGGAUCACCCCCACAAUCCAACCAACCCCACGGCUCCGUCAAAGUCAAAACUGCUUCCAUUUCCCUGCUGCUUCCCAAGAGAAAACGGAAUCGCUGCGUUAUCCCUGUGUGCUUCCGGCCGCCCCGGGGUGAUGGGCUCAGGAGUUGGCUGCAGUGAUCCCCUCACAUUGAGUGCUCCAUCGGCGCCGGUGCCAGCGGAGGGCGACCCAUUGGUUCCAGGCGCUCUGCUCUGCAGUGAGGGGCAGCUUCUAUCGUCGGUGACAAAGAAAAACCCUCGAGGGUUCUUCAAAGAGUAGAAGAUGGGGGAAAAAAAGAAAAAAA